UUCUUUAUGCCAUGAUGGAGUUGAGAGAGCAAAGCGCUCCUUACUGGAGUAUGAAGCUACUGGUGACCUGGACUUAGCUACUGCUCUCCUGGAAUUGACAAUGGAGUCUACAACAGCGGUAAACAAGUGAGAACCAAACUGUCACAGGCCUUUAAUCACUGGCUGAAUGUUCCAGAAGAUAAAAAACAGUUUCUGCCAUUUUAUACUAGCUUUCCCACUGACUGACUGUUCAUCUGCUUCCAUCUUGGAACCACACUUCUCCCUUGCCUGGCUAAAGAGGAGACAGCACCAGUUGUACUGAGGGGUGAAUUAUCGUUCUGAAGGGAGAUUACUAGUAGGAGUUCCUCAGGGAUUGGUUCCAAGACCAAUCUUGUUCAAUAUUUUUCUGAAUGACCUUGGCACAAAAGGUUAUUAUUGAAGUGACAGAGAUGUUGCACAAUGCCAGCUUACUCAUAGAUGACAUUGAAGAUAACUCAAAGCUACGACGGGGCUUUCCAGUGGCUCAUAGCAUCUAUGGAAUUCCAUCUGUAAUAAAUUCUGCUAAUUAUGUGUAUUUCCUUGGUCUACAGAAGGUUUUAACACUUGAUCACCCAGAAGCUGUGAAAGUGUUCACUCGUCAGCUGCUGGAACUGCAUCAGGGCCAAGGUUUGGAUAUUUACUGGAGAGAUACAUACACCUGUCCUACAGAAGCAGAGUAUAAAGCCAUGGUACUGCAAAAGACAGGUGGUCUCUUUGGAUUAGCUGUGGGCCUCAUGCAGUUGUUCUCCAAUUAUAAAAGAGACUUAAAACCACUCCUUAAUACACUUGGGCUCUUCUUCCAAAUACGAGAUGACUAUGCUAAUUUACACUCCAAAGAAUAUAGUGAGAACAAGAGUUUUUGUGAAGAUUUAACUGAGGGCAAGUUCUCAUUCCCAACUAUACAUGCUAUUUGGUCCAGACCUGAAAGCACUCAGGUGCAGAAUAUUUUGCGUCAAAGGACAGAAAAUGUAGAUAUAAAAAAAUACUGUGUACAUUACCUUGAGAAUGUAGGUUCCUUUGAGUACACUCGGCAGACGCUGCAAAAGCUUGAAUCUGAAGCAUAUAAACAGAUUGAGGCACUUGGGGGAAACCCUGAACUUGUAGCACUAGUUGAACACUUAAGCAAAAUGUUCAAAGAAAAUGAAAAUUAACUAAUUGAUUUGACUUGUGGUUUGGGGAGGGAAACUUUAAAACCAGCAUGUAUUAACUAGACUAGCUUACUAAAUCGAUGGAAAGAAAAGUGUAGAAAUGAUGCUUAUUUAAAAUUACUUGUAGAAACUGCUGUAUUAAAUAUUGUGUAAGUAGUAAUUGAAGGGUAUUUGUAUGUCCCACAUUAUCUCUGCAGCUUUAAUUACAACUGCUUACAAAAUAUUGGAUAGAGAAAUAAACUUGCAUAGAUCUGUUAAGGUAAAAUUGUUAAUUUUAGUUUUUCAUGUGAAUCUUUCAGUUGUAAUCUCCACUGCACAGUCAGUGGUGUUUAUUUUAGCUAUAGAGUUUGUGUCCUCUAAGAACAUUGCAGGUUUUAAUCUGAUUAAGAUAAGUUCGACUAAGUUUCCUUAUUAAAUUGAAUUUGCUCUGUUUAGGAGCUUUUUGUGUAUUUUUAAACACAGAGAUUUAGGUAACAUUUUUUGCAAUAUAUUCCCUGUCCUUUUUAAAGUUAACAAAAAUAGGUUUUAUUAAAGUGGACUGGAAGGAGAAGGAAGGCUCCACAAUGGUCAAUAACUUUUUCUGUACAACAAACCAAUCUAGAUGUGUCGCCGCAGAGCCAGAUGUGGGGAAUAGUGGUAUAAUAGGCAAAUGAGUGUUGCCAAAUGGAUUUGAAAUUGAGUUAUUUUUACUAUGAAUCAUUCAGAGCAUUAGCUUGGCCAACAAGAGCACAGGCGUUGUCCAUUCAAGUGGCACUAACACUCUGGUCUGAUAUACCACCAUAGUCCCAAUUUCUUGAUAGUCUCCUUUUUAGGUAAUUUAGUUAAGAGAUUGCAUCACAAGUACAAAGGAAGUAAAUACUCCACUGAUUCUUAAGUAUUAGAGCAGACUAGUUUGGUUAUAUCAAAUCAGAAGAUAUGUCAAACCUGCACCAAUAGCCAAAGGCUUGUAUUGGAUGUUAAAGCUGGCAUGCAAGUUUAAAAAAACAUUUCAUUGGUGACAGUUUCCAAAAAAAAAAAAAAAAAUUAACUGCAAAUAGUAACA